CUAACUUCUCCCACCAUCGUUUGUCUUCAUAGCAGAAAAAAGCGGGAACCAAACCGAUUUCUCUUACUGGCUUAUUCCAACGUAGACUCCAUCAAGUUCUCUACGCUAAUUGACAAUUUGGCACCUUGCCCAAUUGCACCCAUGGGAAUUGAUCCCUCUUCCCAAUUUUUGCUUCUUAAAUUCUCCUCCUUUUUCACACAUCCCAGUGCUCAAUUUCAUCCCAGAGCAUCCCAUCUAACACACACGCAAUAAUAAGAACUCAUCAGUCAUCACUAGCCAAAGCAUUAAAUUCUUGCAAUUUCUUGCAUACAACUAUGGGUGAUCUUCAUUCUUCAUUCCGCCCGACAAAGACUCAAAUUAAGGCCGUUAUCUUUGAUUUAGAUGGGACCCUUUUGAAUACAGAACAAGUUACUGAGGGGAUCAUGAAGGAAUUUCUGGCAAGGUAUGGGAAGGUGGCAGAUAAGGAGAAGGAGAAUAGGAGAAUGGGGAUGACUCAAAAAGAGUCUGUGGGUGCAAUUAUCAAAGACUAUGAUCUUCCACUCACACCUGAAGAAUUCACCCAAGAAAUUAUGCCUCUCUAUCAGGGAAUGUGGCUGAAAGCUAAACCACUUCCUGGUGCUAAUCGCCUUAUGCAACAUCUCCAUAAACAUGGUGUGCCCCUUGCACUUGCUUCAAACUCUUUAAGGAGAAACAUUGAUGUGAAAAUUUCACACCAACAAGGAUGGAAAGAAUACUUUACUGUAAUCCUAGGAAGCGACCAGGUCAAAUCAGGGAAACCAGCACCUGACAUGUUUCUUGAAGCUGCAGUUAUUAUGGGUGUUCAGGCACUUGACUGUCUUGUUAUAGAAGAUUCCCUUGUUGGUGUUAAAGCAGGGAAGGCUGCUGGAAUGAAUGUGGUUGCUGUACCAUCUCUCCAGACUGAAACAGAUGAAUUUUCUAUUGCUGAUUCUGUUCUUCACUCACUAUUGGAGUUUCAGCCAGAGCUAUGGGGUCUUCCACCAUUUGGAGAUUGGGUGUGCAAUGCUUUGCCAAUUGAACCCAUUCAGAUGAAGGCACUUUAUAGCAGUGGGAUUCUCCAUGAACUUUCAGAUGAUGGAACAUGUCUUCCUGAUCAACUUCAAGGUGUAUAUUUUGGUUGGGCAAGACUUGAUGUAGACAAAAUUAUCAAGAUUGUGAUCAGUAUCACCUGGGAGCGUAAAUGCUGUUUGUAUGGGAGAAAAAUUCAAGCAUUCAUAAUUAAUGGAAGCAAUGAGAACGUGUAUGAUGAGGAAAUGGAGCUAUUAAUAGUCGGCUUCAUCAGAGGAUCCAGUUGCUUGGGCAACACCAACAAUGUUGAAAUAACUGAUGAGGACAAGCUUAUUGCAGAUGCUGCCCUAGACUUACCUGUAUUUUCCCAGGACAAAUGCAACAGUUUCCUUCCAGAAUUUGCUGCUGGAGACAGCACUGAGACAAAGAAUAAAUGAGUCAUCCAUUACUGUUACUAAGUUGCCAUCAUGUAGACUGGCUAAAAUGGAAAAUCAUUUUUGCUCCUCAUGCUGGUUCAGCUCAAGAUAAUAAAUCAGCUACCUGCAAUUCUCUUUA